AUGAAUCCUCAAAUUAUGACUUGCUACACCCAGGACGUCCACGUCGCAAGCGAGGAGCGCGCCGCAAGUGUCACGUACAAGGUCUGCAUCGAAGGAACCCAAGGAUGCGCUAUGCGCCAGAACCACAUCCAUGAACCGCUCUCGAGCACGAUUGAGGACCUCCAGAACGACAUCGACCGCCUCCGCGAUCGCGUCGCACACAUCACGGUUGAGCUGCACCACCUGAACCCGGCCUUCAAGGACAUAUAUCCCGUGAACAUCGUCGCAUACAAGCUUCGCCAACUCGUCGGCUGGGAUGAACUCGUCCUACGACUGUCGGAAGAGCCCCUGGAAAGGGAUAUGGAGGAGGCAAGCGGGCAGAAGAACUUUCUCGUGUCUACGGCUCCGCUCAUGCGGCGGACAAUCACCUUCUUCGGCCACCGCGAAAACGUGCCCGCGCCCUGGUUCGAGGUCGGCCGGCUCGCCAGAUGCGGAGUGGCUGCCGUCAACCUGCACUGCACACUCGGCUGUCUGGACUUCGCCAAAAUCCUCCAGAGCGCCUCUACGAACGACAACUACUCAGCCGCAACUUACCCACUCAAGCUCUUCAUCAAAGCCCUCGACGAGGACAUCGAACUCGACUUUCUUAACCUCCCACCAGACCUGCAAGCCGACGCCGAGAACCGCCUCCGGGAGCUGCACGUUACGAGUAUAUCAAAGGCCUUCAGCUUUUUCGGUUUCCUCUGGAAGCAGAACUGCCGCCCGGGUCUCCGUGUUCUAUCGAUCGACGUCCGCCUGCACCAGAGCAACCAGCUUUUGCUCAGUCUCAAACAUCUGCAGGCCCUCGAGAGAAUCAUAGUGGUGUGUAGGAAGGGCCAGAUCAAGUGGCUGAAGCAGGCCUGCAAGCAGCGCGACUGGAGGUUGGAGGGGAGGAUGUUCUGUCCAGAGGAAGACGAAGAUCUGGAGAAAGAAGACAAAUCCUGGCGCUUUACCGUGUGGCCUCAGAAUGCCUGACAUUUGGCAGAUGCCUUGGACGAGCGGACCGUGUUUGAUACGUAGUACACAUUCAAGAAUUCUCAG